ACAACUAAUGCCUCAACUAAAGCAAUAGAGGAGAAAGACGCUCGUAUUUUAGCAGAACUGAGCCUAAAAUACAACACAGCUCAACUUAUCGAAUUUUUGCAGAAGCAAAAGGAUUAUGACAUAAUUGUUAGGAAAUUAGUACCUGCGACAAGAAAUUUGGAACUCUCCCCUGGUGGAAACGACGAUCUCGAGAAUGAGGCUGCUAAAACUCAGGCCAACAAUGCGUCAACAACGGAUGAUCCUACUGCACAAGAAGUGCAUGAUAACAUUGAGGAUCAAAAAAAUAAAGAAACGAAAGCGGAUAAGAAUAGAGAUACAAGGAAUAAGGAAGAAGGAGAUCUUUAUGUUGAAGAUGAAGGUGAAUCACCAAGAAUUUUGGGAAAAGAUAUCAGAAUAUCAAGACCUUCUAAAUCGUUUGAAAAGUUUACCCUACAUGCUUCACAAAUUGAAUUUAUUGAAAUUAAUCUUCUGAAGACAAAACCAAAGGAAUAUGAAAAACGGAUUUUCUUAUGUCUUGUUUUGGGACGUUAUCUUGAUUGGAGACAACAAGAAUCUCUUGGGCGAUUGAAAUUGCCAAAAAAUGGAUUUCCUAUAGCUCAAAUUAUUGACACUUUAGAAAAUUUUCAACCGGACACAUUUCCUGAAGAAUAUCAUUUGUUUUUAAGCAUUACGAUGACAGCU